AUGGCUCUGUGGGUCAGAAUUUUUGGUCUGCCUGUCAAAUUUUUCAAGGACUAUACUGUGGCUAGAAUUGGAAAAAUCCUGGGUGAUGUAGUCAAAGCGGACAAACUCACAAUUGGUCAGGCAAGAGGGCAGUUUGCUCGUAUUUGCAUUGAGGUUGAUCUAUCUAAGCCUCUACGUCCUUUUGUUGAAGUGGAAUCCGUUGCUUAUAAUGUGGUUUAUGAAGGCAUCUCUCUCAUAUGCUUUGAGUGUGGCUUCUUUGGCCAUUCAAAAGACAAGUGUCUCUCAAUUAAGAAUGAUACUGGUGAAGCUGACAAAAAUCUGAACACUUUUAAUGCUACUGCUCUAUCUCAUUCCUCUGGUGAUGAGACAUCUUCUCCACCUGAGAUGAAUGUUUCUACAAUGCCGCAAGAUGUGAAUGCUCAGAGACAAGGUGACAUUAUUAAAGAAGACAUGGGACCUUGGAUGUUGAUGAGUUAUAGGAAUAAAAAGAAGAAUGGAGAGUCUGGUGGAGCUAGGAAAAAUAGUAAUGGCAGUGGUUCCAGAUUUGCUGUUUUGCAGGAGAAAAGUGGCAAGGACUCUGAGUUGCCUGAGCAGACCAUUGAGAAUAACUCUUCUGAUAGUAGUCCUCCCAUUGUGAAACUUUGGAAAAGCCUUCAAGAGAAGAAUAAGACAGUUCCUAUGAACAAUGAGCCUACCAAAACCAAGAUUGCUGCUACUACCCAUACCUCUGUCGGGAAAUUUGGCCCCUUUGGUAACCAUUCUUCCUCUGUGAAAGUUAAUACUCACAAUGAUAAGACUAUAUCUCUAAAGACUAAAGGUAGCUCUAGAAUCCCUAUGAAAGAUGUGUCUAAUGUUGAAAAUUCUAGUGGCUCUAGAACUGAUCUUCAGUACCAAAGAAAAUCCAAAAGCGUGGUUGUUUCUGGUCCUAAGCAUAAUUCUCACAUUUUCAAAAAGCUCUCCUUUGAAAAUAUGGGAAGCAAUGCUUUAGGAGAUGGAAUUGCGGCCAUCAUUGGGCAUUGUCCUCCUGAGGAGGCCAUUGGGGACAAGGCUAGCACCUCAUCUCUUGAUAUGGACUCUGAAACAUUUGUGGAAAAGUCCUUUACUGCUAAUAGCAUGAUGACCAAUGAUGAUACCCUACCUUCCCAACAUGGGGAGGGUUGUGCUCGUCUUAGACUGCUUGGUUUCUCUGAUUCAAGGGUAGUUGAAGCUGAUGGUUUCUCUGGUGGCCUUUGGUUACUUUGGAAUAGUAGCAGGAUUAAAAUUGACUUCAUUGAUGAAAAUUUUCAAUCCAUUUCUGUUAAAGUUACUCUCUCUGACAAGCCUUCCUGGAUGCUUAUUGUUGUUUAUACUAGCCCGACUCGCACUACUAGAGUUUCAUUAUGGCCUUACUUAGAUCACCUUUCUGCUAGUUUCAAUCUUCCUUGGAUGCUUAUUGGUGAUUUUAAUGAGUUAGUCUCCUGUGCUGAUAAAAAUUGUGGUCCUUUCACUGGCCGUUUUGGUGGCCUUAGGGAAUGGAUAAAUAGAAAUGCUAUGAUUGAUAUGGGAUUCCAUGGUUCUUGCUUUACUUGGAGCAAUAAUAGAAUCAAAGAAAGGUUGGAUAGAGGUUUCUGUAAUGUUUCUUGGAGAGCUACUUUUGAUGAAGCCUUCAUCCAACACUUGCCUAAAACCAGGUCUGAUCACUAUCCUAUUAUCAUGCAAUUAUUCUCUACUAAUUUUGUGAACAGGGAGGCUGCCCCUUUUCGCUUUCAAGCAAUGUGGUUUUCGCAUGAUAACUAUGUUGAUUUUGUAUCCAACACUUGGAGUUCUUUGACUGGUGACUUCUCUUCCAAAGUCAAGGCUCUGGCUACAGCUCUUUCUAAGUGGAACAGAGAUGUGUUUGGCCAUCUGAUGCAUAAGAAAAAGAGACUCCUAGCCAUAAUUGGGGGAAUUCAAAAGGCAAGAGACAGGUUUGAAAACCCAUUCCUGGUUAAUCUUGAGGCUGAUCUCAUCCAAGAAUAUGAAACGCUCAGGGACCAAGAAAACAUGUUCUGGAGACAAAAAUCAAGAGAUAAAUGGCUUCAGGAUGGUGACAGAAACACUAGGUUUUUCCAUCUUACUACUCUGGUUCAAAGGAGAAGAAACAAAAUUGAGGGCCUUUUUGACAGCAAUGGUAACUGGUUUACUGACUCAGAUUCCAUGAAAAAGAUUGCUGUUAACUUCUUCACUGAUCUUUUCUCUCACCAUUGCUCUGAUGAUGUUAGAUUCUUAAUCCCAUGGUUAUUCCCUCCUAUUGAUCAGUCAAGCUUAGAUAGCAUCUGCAGGCCUAUUACUCUUCUGGAAGUCAAGGACUCACUCUUUUCAAUUGGUGGACUGAAGGCUCCUGGUUACGAUGGCUUUCCUGCCAUCUUUUAUUAG